AUGCGUAGAGAAUUAUUUGAAUUUUUAAGAAAAAAUGGAAAUAUAAGACCACUGGAUGCCCAAUCUCGAAAAAUCAUAAUUGAAUAUGUAGAAAAUAAGUUAAAUGUACGCAGUAUUCAAACAAAUAUUCCUUCGGUCAUUUUUACUUUUUUAUCAAGCCUUCAAAAAAAAUGGAAAGAGUGUGGUCGUAGUGCAAAUAAAUUGUAUUUAAAAUACUCUCUCUGGCUGGAUACUAAAUUAAUGUUUUCUUUUAAAAAAAAUGAGCCUAAUAAUACUAUGACUGAAGGCCGUGGUCGUCCAAAAAAACCUUUUCAAGAAAGCUGUGAAAAAACAAAAAAAAGAAAGGUUCAACAUUUGUUAGACUCGCAUAGUUCUCAGGAAUUAGCAUUUUCUUCUCGUCUAAGCUUACACCGUUCUGGUAAAAGGCAUGCUUCGUCAGUUAUUCAAGAAGUGACCGAAAAAACACCAACUCGAGCUCAUAAAUUUAAAAAAGCAUAUAAAAUGUCCAUGCGUAAGCCUCGGAAGCGAGAAAUAAGCAUUACAGAUCUUUUCGAGAACAUUUCACUAGGAAAACCAGUCGGAUUGAUACAAAUAUAG